AUGACGGACAUUGAUUGGCCCGAAGACCCUCAGAAUGACACAUCCAAGGAGGCUGGCAAGAUUUCCGCUUCAAGCGGCUCUGUCUCCGACCCAAGCGCCUCUGCAGCACUGGCUAAGAUUCAGACUCCUGAGCCGAAAUCCGUGCGCAAGGAUCGUCGCGUCAGCGCCGCCUGGAACGAGGCUUUCUUCAACAAGAACGCAGAGUCGCUUCUAGACCUCGACGAUGACGAGGACCAGCUCGCGCCAGAUCUCCCUCCGGUCGACCUGUCUUUCCUUCCCAUGUAUGCCGCCGCCCCUUCCGGAGACGCAACUGCUAACGAAUCCGGCAACACUCCGAAGGAUGAUCGAGAAGCGACGUGCAGUGAAUCGGGUGGUGCUGCCGACCUCCAAAAGCUGACAAGCGAGCAGAAAAUAGCCGCCAUUGUGGAGAAGAGCACCACUCGCGACUACGUAGUCUCGAAGAGUGCGGCAAAAGGAGGAUCGGAUCAGGGCCCUUCAAAUACACGACUCAAGCUGCCUGGCGCUGCACCUCGGUUUCAUUCUUCGAUUGCAAAGACGGCAAAUGGAGCAGGAGCCUCCCCCGCUCCAGGCGCGAAGACUCCCGCCAGUUCCAGCAGGACUCCCAGGUCAGCGACAACUACUGCACCAAGUACAAGCCGCCAGCAGAGCGUGGGCGCGAGCGCUUCCAGGCUCGCAAAGCAAGGCAGCGGUGGCGGCGCUGUCGGCGGGGUCGGUGCAUGCAGCCAGUCGAAGCAUGGCGGUAGCGCUAGUACCUCGCACGCAGGAACAGCAGAGAGGAGCAAGAGGGAGUCAGCGGCGUCUAGUAGCUCCUCUCACUCCCGCCAGUCCGCAUCGUGUGGAAAUGCCAGCACGGGAGGAGCCGGGGUUGGCUCGUGCACGGCGAAAGUGGAUCUUCACAGCCGCUUUGAGUCGUCCACAGGCGUUGAGGACUCGAACGCCGCUAAGCAAUCGAUCGAUGGGACGCAAUCGCAUGCUGGGGAGGAGAGUGAGAUCACGGCAACUGAUGGCAGCGGUAUUCAGGGUGCAACGAUGGCAGAAGUGCGUUAUGAGGAAGAAGUCUCAGUGGUUUCAGCUGCUUGUAGCGCUGAGAUUCCCGCAGAACUUUCGCGCACGUCCGAGGCGGAGAUUGUGGCGAAGUCGGAAGAUGCGCCUGUAGGCGCCUUGCGCGGCAUGGUUGGGCGCGGAUCCAAGGCCAUGCGCGCGUGCGCGCCGUCCCCGAUGAAGCCCGCCGCCGCGCAGGAGCCGUUGCCGGUGCAGGCGAGCGCAGGUGCUCCUCCUCGAGGCUCGAGUGGGAGUGCGAGCAGCGCGCGCAGCUCGAAUGACACGAAGCAGCAGCAGCUGCGGGAGUGGCAGCAGCAGCGCCAGCUGGCGCUGGCGGCCAAAUCCCGGCCGUCAGGCAGCGCGACUGCGGGAGGACCCCCCAAGGCUGCUGUUCGAGCUGGUGCGAACGUCGGGGGAAAGACUGGUGUGGGUACGGGAGCAGCGGCGGUGAGAGCAGGAGUGCCCAAGUCGACGAGCCACUGCACGAGCACGAGUCUCGUUCCCGCUGCCCGCUCGCUGGUGCACGGUGGUGCGUCGUCUGGCGUGGGCGGGUCCGGGUUGGACGUGCUGCGAACGUCGUCUACUCGCUCCACGGGGACGUCUGCCGAUGCCGGGAAACGCGUGGGGUUCGCUGGUGUAGGGAGUGGUUCGCACCAUGGUGGCGGGAGUCAUGGCGGGGGUCUCGUCAAGAGUCACGCCGCAGCUGCUGCUGGGUUCGCCUUCUCCGCCGCUGCGAGCCCUGCGACUGGAAAGGUUGCGAGUGCUGUUGCUCGCACUGUAUUUUCUGCGAAACCUAGGACGAUGAGCAAGGAUGUGAAGGCUGUGAGCACGGAGGGAUCUGCAGGUGCCUCACAGGGUAGUAGCAGCGGAGCGGUUGCUGCUCCCAGUGCAGCCGGUGCUUCCAGUGCGAGUGGCCUGUUUGGGCUUAAGUUCACUGCGGGAAAAGCGGAUGAUCGUGCGGCUGUCAAGAAAGGCGCGCCUGCUGCUACCUCCAGGCGGGUGAGCGGCGUGGGAGCGAGGAAGGCACGGUUUGGAUUCGGCCUCGGCGGGAAGGCAGCACCAACUGCCAAGGAGAAAGAGGAGGAAGCGAAGGAGAAGGCCGGUUACGGCGGUACUAGUCAGGCAGCGGGGCAAGGGGGAGCGAAGCGGGUGGCGGCGGACAGUAAAGUGGCGAGCGGGAAGCAGAUCGUGGUGAGCAAAGGCGGUGCUCUUUCCAAGGAGAAGGCGCCGGGUGCGUCGACGUCCCCUCUCGCGGCGGCGCUGAAAGUGGCUGCCAACCACUCGAAGCUGCUGGGGCUGGCUUCCAGGAUUCCUGUUCCGAAAGCGACGGGGAGGUUUGGGUUCGGCGGGGGAGCGACCGGGGCGAAGGCUGGCGCGGGGAAGGAGAGUGAGAAGGCAGCGGGGAAGGGGGUGCAGGGUUCGGGUAAGGUCGAGGCGACGCAGGGGCGGGCUGGUCAGCAGAAGACGCAGCAUGCCCACGCAGGGCCUUCCCAGACCAAAGUCGAGGCUGUCACCCCUCGGGCGAGUCGAGAGAGCAAUGCAUCGCACAGGAGCAGCUCGUCGCAGCACAGCAACACGCCGCACUCCGCCAACACGGCGCACACGACCAACACGCCCCGCGCGAGUAGCACGCCCCGCGCGAGCAGCACGCCACACGCGAGCAGCAGCGCGCAGAAGAAGCCGUCUCCGCGGGUGGAGAAGAAGGCGGGCAGCGGCGCCCACUGGGUGCCGGGGGGCGUGGCGCAGCCGUCCGCGCUCGCCGCCGCGGACGCUGCGUUCUCCGCCAUGUCGACCCCGCGGAGCAGCGACGCAGGGCAGCAGCUCAGCCGGGAAAGGGCGGGGGAGAAACGUACAGGCAACGACGCGCAAGAGGAGCAGCAGCAGCAGGUUGGGGAGUGGAAGCAGGCUGGGCACCCUGGGGGGGUGCUGACGGUUGCAAUGGGAAAGCUGGAGGAGCAGGGUGAGUGUGCGGUUGAGAAGGAUGUUGGAGGGGAGUUUGGUACGGUGCAGGGAGGUGGUGAGGGUGGGGAGAACGCGGCAGAUGAGGGGCACAAGACGCCUGGCGGCAAGAGCGGGAGCGAGAGCGAGAAAGGGAGGAAGGGGCUGUCUCUGAAGGCAAUUGGGGCGUUCGUUGCUGGUGGGAGCCCGUGGAAGAAAUCAGCCAGGAAGGUGGCGGCAGAGAGGGAGAGAGAGGAAUCGGAGGAGGCGAGGAAUGAGAAGGAGAAGGACAGGGAUGGGUCAGUUGUGUGCACUUUGCAAAAGUCGCCAGGGAGGGCUGGGCAGGUUGAGACUGGGGAGAGCGAUGCGAGUCUUGAGACGGUUCAGAAGGAGGGCGAGAGGGGGGCGUGGGCGAGCACAGAAAAGGUGGGCGAGUGGGUGGGCGAGGUGCUUGAAACCGCUGGGACGCCGGACGGCUGUGAGCAAGCGGAAAGGAGACGAACCCCGCCACGAGUAUCAGAGCAGAUUGCUGGGGCCAUGGUUGCUUCAGUAGCGAAGGCUACAGUGCCGGUGCCAUUGGCAGCGGCGGUGACAGGGGUUGCUACAACAGCAUUAGCUACUCAAGUGGCGGUGGCUACUCCGGUGGGAGUGGCAGCGGCAGGAGGCGUGUCAGGCAGCAAGGAAGGGGGUGACAGCAAGCAGCGCCGCACCUCCCCUCUGCCUCGGUUCCUCGGAUCCCCCAUCGCCAGCCUGUUCAAGAGCCCCAAGCGAUCCAACAAGAAGGCACAGGAGGUCCACGUGGCAGCAAAGCAGCUCAAGACUGACCUCUUCAAAUCCGACCUCGCCACGAAAGACCUCUUCAAAGGGGCCUUUCCCAAGCCAAAUUUUCCCCAGGCACCUCUCCCAAGCAGUAUCGAACAGUCUUCUGAGGUGUCUAGCAAGCCAUCCCUCCCGAGCACAAGCCUGCAGUCUGCAGCGUCUUCCUCUGACGCGGGCAUGUAUACUGCCCCUGCCUCGCCUGAGGCCGAGGAGGAGAGCAAGAAGGGGCAGGAGGGUGAGAGCAGGAGCAUACUUUCUCAGAAGGGUGGUAGUGCGAGCAGAGGCAGGUCGCUAGGCGCGUCUGGCAGGGGCAUGUUCACUGCUCCUGCUUCUCCUGAAGCAGAGGUGGAGGGGGGAGGGGAGAUGGGGGAGAAGGAAGAAGGGGAGAUUACUCCUCCUGGGAGCGCGGAGAAGCAGGGGGGAGGGGUGGAACAGGCAAAGGCAGCGGUGGGGGCAGAAGGGGAGGAUCUAGAUCCGUUUAUGAAGAAGGUUCUGGAGGCAGAGGCACUGGGAGUGGUGCGCAAGGCAGAGGUCGGCCCGUAUGACUGCACCAAGAAGUCUCUGGCGGCCUCUCUGGACAGCUUCUCCCUCCCCGCCAGCACCUCUGGUGCUUCCAACUUCUCAGUUACUGGCAAGAUCGGCAGCAGCAGUGGUGCUGCCGGGUUUUCUGGUGUGGGGCAUGCCGGCAUGCGCAUGUCGUAUGGGCACUAA